AUGGAGUGGAACUUUGCCACGCGUGAAUUAGGGGCUGAGAUUGAAUGCUCAGCGGUGGCGAUGGAUGGCCACGACGUGGCCACCCUGCUCCUGCCCCACCCUGCCACGCCUGGCGCGCAAGCUCGUCCCUUCUCCCCAGCUCCGUUUGGCGCUGCUGCCUCCUCUUUCAUCUGCGCCACCUUCGUCCGUACACCCGUGCAUCUCACCCUCACCUUUCCACACGAGGUGAACGUGGCGUGUGUGAUGCUGCGACCCAAGGUGAGCUCGCAAGUGGUGCAGGUAGUCUCGGUCGAAGUCGCUCCCUUUGCUGCUCCCGGCGCUGAGGGCGAAUGGAAGUAUCUCGGCUCGUAUGGCGAUCUGCACACGAAGCUCACACCACCCGACCACGACUCCGCCAGUGCCGUGCUGUUCUACAACCCCGGGUUUCGGGGCCGCGCGUUGGACUGGCAAGACCUCCCACCCAGCAGGUCGCCCGGACUGCCGGACAGGUCGCGGAUUCGCAUCGACAGGUCGGCCUACGCGCUGGCCAAGGUCAAGAAGCUCAAGAUCACCAUCAAGAAAAUGGAGCACAGCGGCUACGUGGGGUUGGCCGGCCUCGAAGUCUGGGGCCAGCCCGCGGCCUCGUGCGACAAAGCCACGCUCACCCGCGUCCACACACGCCUGUCUGCGCUCAAGCCCGAGCCUCAACCGCCGCGCAUCGCCCUCGAACGGCCACCUCAGCCAGAGUGGCUGGAGAAGCUCCGGCGGAUCCCCGCCGACGCGCUGCCGGCCCACUUCCUCGACCCCAUCACGUGCGAGGCCAUGCAGGACCCGGUCCUCCUGCCCUCCGGCAACGCCGUCGACCGGACCACCAUCGAGCGGCACCUGCGGAACCACUUGACCGACCCGUUCACGGGUCUGCCGUUAAAGCGGGAGGACCUGGUGGAGCACAGCUCGCUGCGCUACGAGAUAUACCGGUUCGCUUACACCUACCAACUGCCUCCAGGUAACCCCGCCGCUCCGCGAGCUGCAACUUUCAAUCAAUACCGUCGCGGCGUGCCCGCGGUGGUUGACCCUGCGGCUUCGGCCUUGGGCGCAGCGCUUGAGCAGCGGCUGAACGCAACCACCACUACCACGCGGCACAAGCGGCAACGUAUGAUCAGCGACGACGACGAAGACGAACGCGUAGAUAGAAAGCAGCCACGAGCGGACGACAACAAGCAAAGCACGGCACGACGCACGGCGUCUCCAUCGUCUGCCACUACACCGACAUCAUCGACAUCGACAUCAUCGCCAUGGGCACCCAUGACGAGAUACACCGUCACGAGGGACCGGCAGGGGAACGAAGUCAUCACGUUGGGCAGCGACGACGACGAAGACGACGACCAACAAGAGGAACAGAAACAACAAGUAACGAUCACGAUCGACGACGAAGUUGACGGCGGUGACGAAGACGAGCCCAAGAAAAGGAGGCCGCGAGAAGAACGAGGCGAGGAGGAAGAGAUCGUGGAGGAAGGUCGUGUCGUGCCGACCGCGUGUCUACAACAGGAAGGAGAGCGAUCCGUGUGCGUGGUGUGCGGAACGCAGCCGCCCGAGCUCGCGGUGGCGCUGCCCUGUGACCACCGAUGCUGCCGCUCGUGUGCGCUUCGGGCCAUUCGACAGCAGCAGCAGCAGCAAGCGCAGAAACAAGCGGCGUGUCCCACCUGCCGCCGACCCUUCGCCUUCAUCGACAUACGGCGCGUCCACUCCCCUGAACAAUAA